AUGAAGGUCAUUAUUCUUUCGGCACUUGCUGGGCUAGCUUCUGCAGCCACCACGACAUUGGCUGGCGUCAGCUACGAACAAUGGUUUGACUCUGGUUGCCCUGGCCGAGCUUUGAUGUCAGGAUCUCUGACCGAUGGAUUCUGUACCGUUUUUGAGAACUUCCCUGGUCAAAGCAUUUUGUUGACUCAGACAUCGCCAUGUCCUGCCGGCACAUCGCCACAGGUUACAAUUUCCACUACCAAUGACUGCGAUAGUCAGCCUGAUUGGACGUUCGACACUCUGGGAGAAUGUAUUGAAGUCUCUAUCCAGCCACAAGCGGUUCAUCUGAACUGCGUCUAA